CGUUGGAAAGCACGUCAUCAAUUCAUUUGACAAGAAAAUGUAGCAUCUGUUUAUUGUCCGUUUAUUUUGUUGCCGUGUGUUUUAAUAAUUAAUUGGCUGUAGUACCGAGACAGUUUAUGCAAUAAAGGAGUAACAUUUCAUUUUCAUUUGUCAUCGAAGACUUCGUUUAUCAAAUUGCUUAGAGAACAUUAUUCAGGAGAUUGCAGAAGGUGGAUUUUCUUACAAGAUGACUUCGAUGAUCAAAUACAUCCUCCAAGUAUUCCUGAGCAUCGCUACCAUCUGCAGUGGUGUUAAAGCACAGGGUCUAAAUCCGGAUAGGGGUGUAAAUUUCCACCUCCGUGCCAUGUGCGCCCCUUACCAGCUCGAAGUCGCCAAGAGUGGUCACUCGUGCAACAGUCAGGUGAUCGACGAGGUGCAUGACUACGCUGAGAAUGUGCACCUUGAGGGUUACAACCGGGAAUUGGUGGAGGAGUACCUGAACUUCGCCAAAACGGGCCAGCUUUGCUACGGAGAAGGACUGACGAUCUACAAGGUCGUUGGCGAUUGUGACUGCAUGUCAAAGGUCUGCGACCGCUAUAACCCCAAGAAAGUGGACUACUGUAAAAGUAAGUCGAAAUGAGAUGGUCUGACAAUUUUGCUCCGACGA